AUGGCUUAGAAUAAAAUUCAUAAGAGAGUAGCAAUCUUUGAAGCUGAAGGAGGUUCAGAUAAAACUUGGAAUGGACAUAGAAAGCAUACAAUGCCAAUUUUUUAAGCCUUUAAGGAAUUAGAAUGGACUGCUGAAGUCAUCUUUUUUAGAGAUGAAUGGAAAGAAGCAAUCAUAAAAUAUGUGAUUGAGAAUUGUGAUGCUUAUAUUCCAAGAAUCAAUACAGGAAAUCUUCCAAAUGGUGAAGCUGUCUUCAAUCAAGCUUUAAGAGAAAUGUGUGCUGCUGGAGUAGUUGGUACACCACAUCCAGACACUCUUAUGAAAUAUGAUUCUAAAUUGAGUCUUGUAGACUUAAAUAAAACUCCACUUUCUCCAGCUGAUACAGUAGCUUAUUUCAAAUGGGAUGAGUUAGUUAAGAAUUUCCCACUUUCUUUGACAAAUGGAGAAAGAGUUCUUAAAUAAAAUAGAGGAUCUACAGGAGAAGGAAUUUGGAGAGUUUAAGUUGCUGAAGGAGUUUGAGUUGUU